CAGUUCGUGGCCCAUAAAUCACUUCUUGCACAAAGAGUGGCCCAAGUCGUCGGGCAACUCAAAACUCGGUAUAAAAACCUGAGCAACUCCUGGCUCUCCCAGCCACAUCUCUUCCCUCCUUUGCCUUCGUGAGUAAGAAUUCCCUCCGGCCACUGCCAUGUCCUGCUACGACCUCUGCGCCCCCACGUCCUGUGGCCCCACCCCGCUGGCCAACAGCUGCAACGAGCCCUGUGUCCGGCAGUGCCAGGACUCCACCGUGGUCAUCCAGCCCUCGCCCGUGGUGGUCACCCUGCCUGGGCCCAUCCUCAGCUCCUUCCCCCAGAACACCACCGUGGGAUCCUCGGCGUCCGCGGCCGUCGGGAGUGCUCUGAGCGCCGGGGGUGUCCCCAUCAACUCGGGGAGCAGCUCCUUGGGUUUUGGGGGCUUUGGGGGUUUUGGCUACCCCGGGCUGGGCAGUGGCUACAGCCGGCCCUACCGGCGCUACAACGCCUCCCGCAGCGGCUUCUACGGGCCCUGCUAA